CGGCAAUUUUAGUUCCUAAAGGUUUAAGACAGUUACUCUCACCUCUCCGACGGGAAUUUCUUUGCCGGAGUCUCGCCGGAAGCGUCUAAAAGUUUCAUCAUGGCGGGAGGGAAGAUGAAGAAAGACAAGCCUCAGCGGGGCUCAUCAUCCGCUUCCUCAAAUCCUCACUUCCAGGGAGGGAUAUCGUUCCACAAGUCGAAGGGUCAGCACAUUCUGAAAAAUCCUCUACUGGUUGAUUCUAUUGUCCAGAAAUCCGGAAUUAAAUCUACCGAUGUUAUCCUCGAAAUUGGUCCUGGUACCGGUAAUCUUACAAAGAAGCUUCUAGAAGCCGGAAAGUCUGUUAUUGCUGUUGAACUUGAUCCUCGUAUGGUUCUCGAGUUGCAACGAAGGUUUCAGGGAACUCCUUUAUCUAACCGACUGAAGGUUAUACAAGGGGAUGUUCUUAAGUGUGAUCUCCCUUACUUCGAUAUUUGUGUGGCUAACAUCCCAUAUCAAAUAUCAUCUCCUCUCACCUUCAAAUUAUUGGCUCAUAGGCCUUUAUUCAGAGCUGCAGUAAUAAUGUUCCAGAGAGAAUUUGCUAUGAGACUUGUUGCUCAACCUGGUGAUACUCUUUAUUGCCGCCUUUCUGUGAACACACAGCUGUUGGCCCGAGUAUCACACUUAUUGAAGGUGGGAAAGAAUAAUUUCAGGCCACCACCAAAGGUUGAUUCUUCUGUAGUUAGAAUUGAACCUAGGGGACCACUUACUCCUGUCAAUUUUAAGGAGUGGGAUGGUUUGGUCAGGAUCUGUUUCAACCGGAAAAACAAAACUAUAGGUUCUAUUUUUAGACAAAAAUCCGUGCUCAACAUACUGGAAAAGAACUAUAGAACUUUGCAAGCUUUACAGUUCUCUGAGAAAGCUCCUUCAGAUGAUAUGGAAAUGGCUUUGGAUGUAUCUACCUUGGGAGAGUCAUUUGGAGACUUGAGUAUGGAUGCUGAUGAUGGAAAUGAUGACGAUGACAUUGAGAUGGAUGAUGGUGAUACGAAAAGAGCAGAAUUCAAAGAGAAAGUUUUGGCAGUGCUGAAGGAAGGAAAUUUUGAGGAAAAGAGAUCUUCCAAGCUCGCACAAGCAGAUUUCAUGCAUCUACUUUCUCUCUUUAACAAGGCUGGAAUUCAUUUUUCUUGAUUCAUGGGGCAGUUAGCCAUACGAGCUUAUUAUCAUGUUUGUGGUUUUUCUCCUCAUGGAGAUCCAAUUUUGUUUUGCUCAUAAUGAUUCAAGUCUUGAAAUUUGUAGAUAAUUUGCAUUUAGCGUCUCACAAUAUGGUGGAUUUGAAUGAGAUUAGAAGAUUUUCUUCUGGUAUGCUUGUAAUAGCCUGCACUUUUUGGUAUCUGUGACUCUUCAACAAGUGUUAAUCUAGUCGAGUUGUUGC